UGUGAUUGCCUUCUAGUUCCCACGUUUCUAACUCUGUGGUUGAUUUUUUAAUGUAGUUGCCAAGUUGUAUAGUACUAUGGUGUUAGAUGGGAGACCUUUAGCACACAAUAUACAAAUAUCCCGAUCGUGUUUUAAACAAUUAACAACGGUCUAUGGGAGCCAUGGCAAUACGAUUUUAUAAUUCUUUAAAUGUUUUUUUACUGCCAAAUUGAACGACAAAACAGAUGAAAAAGUGUCCUAUCCUCUCCCAAACUGCUUUAAUAGCAGCGCUCCCCUUUAUAGGUAAUAGGUUCAAGGCUCGUCGCUGUUAUUAUAAUGGGCAUAUGUCCUCGGGAAAGACACUUAACGGCAACAGCACCAGCCAAAUUGUCCCUUAAGGGAUGUCCAAAUUUUCAGCCAUACACAAAAGCCCACAAAAUAUAAUUACUCACAAAGUUAUCUGGUAACAAGAAGCGUAUGAAACAGCAUCCAUAUAGUAUAACGAUUCGCUGUCCCAUCGGGUGAGAAUAAAUAAGUUACAUUCAUUUAUUAAAAAAAGAAGCUGUAAGAGUAUAGUGUGCCGUCUUAGGCCACCCUAUUAAAUUGUUGCAAAAUGUUUAAAGAUUUUGUUUUCGCCAUUGUAUAUGUACGAUUCAAGAAUCGCGCGAGCCGUCAAAAUAUUUAGUCACACAGAAAAGCAGUAAAAAUAAUUAUUACAAGUUACAGACAUUACAUUAGGAUAAGAUGGUACUUUUUUUUUUCUUUUAUCGUUCCAUCAGGUAUAGAAAAUAACGAACAUUUACAGAAUUAUAUAACCGUAUCUUGACGUCUAUAAAAAGGCAUUGUUAAUAUAGCGUAUUUUGUGCUAACAAUAUCCAUCAGACUCAACAGUUCUAUAUUUUAUAUUUAAAUUAUUGAUCUGAAAUUACUAAGCACAACCUUCGAACUAGAGGAACCUUUGCACAUGCGUAAUCAUCGUUACGGACAUGCGUAAUCCUCGUAACGCGCAGGUGGUGAUGCAUUACCGGAUCUGGAAAUCAUGAUUCUGCCGUAUUUGCAAUAAAUAGACGAACCGAAUGAAAUAUAGAUUAUUCUUUUAGCACUUAGUGCCAAAAGAUGGAGUUUCCGGGAUUUGCCAAGAUACUAACGUUAAUAUUGGUGAUCUCAUUCACUCACAAAGUUAAAAGCGUAACACAAUUCGAGAGAGAUAACUGUUAUCAAGAAGAUGGUUUUACACCAAAGACUUAUUUUGCGUUUAAAAUGGAAGGCUCAUGUACCAGAUUUCACAUCUGUUUUGAUGGCCACCUGAUUGAUGCAUCUUGCCCCCAACUUCCUGAACCAAGAGCUUUUGACCAAACUACACAGCAGUGUGUAAACCCUGCUAUAGUACCUGGAUGUCUGUAUCUUAUUUCAUCAGACGUUUGUAAUCCGGAAUGUGCUAAUGGCGGUAUAUGCUCAAGUAACAACACGUGUUCUUGCCCAACUGGUUACCAUGGAUACAGAUGCAAAUAUAAGAAAUAUGUGAAGAGUCAAUACGACAUAGUGGAUACAAGCAUUGGAAUAUCAGGGAAAAUAUGUUCCAUGUUUGGCCCUGGUAAUGUCAUCACAUUUGAUGGAGAUGUUUUUGAGUUUCCCGGUCAAUGUCAGUAUGAGAUGGUGUCUUCUACAGGGGUGUAUGACUUUAAGGUUCUUGUACGAAAAGAUCCAGCUUGUGUGGCAAAUCAAAAGUAUGUUUACCCUGGUUUUGACUGCAACAAACUGGUCACAAUAUAUAUUGCUGUUUCCAACAUUAAAGUGACAAUUUCCAAGUCUGCUGUAACCAAGAACACACAUAGUCUGCUUCUACCUUAUGAUGGAGAUGGUAUUUUACUGAGCAAAAUUCACCCUUAUAUCAUAUUUGUGCUUGGUGACAUGACGUUGAGGUUUGAUGUUAUCUCAAGUGCAGUUCAUGUUAUUAUCAACUCACACCGGUACCAGAACAAGACGGUUGGUCUAUGUGGAAACUUUAAUGGAGUCAGUUCAGAUGAUCUUGUAUCUAAACAAGGCAUUACGAUACCUGAUGUCGGUCAUGCUCACAGAUUUGCAGCAAAAACAUGGAUUGAAAGAGAUGUGGACGAGACAUGCCAUGACGAUGCAGUAAUUACUGAUGACUAUGAUAGCUGCAAGCAGACGCAGGAGGUUAUUGACAUUUGCAACAUUUUCUGGGAGCACUUUGGCAGUUGUCAUGGCUUCAUGAAUCCCAGCAAAUUUUACAACCUCUGUCUUGAAGAGUUGUGUAGAUGUGACUACCAAAACAAUCCACACUGUCAGUGUAAUGUAGUGACCACUUAUUCAAGAUAUUGCGCAAUGGCAAAUGGUCGAGUACCAGAAUGGAGAUCUCUUGUUCAGUGCCCGCGAACAUGCAUAGCUGGUCACCAAUGGAAAGAAUGUGGAGUUGAAUCUCCACAAACUUGCCUUAUGCCCAAUUUUCUGGAAAACCAAAGAUGUUUUGACCGAUGCCACUGCCCAGAUGGUUUAUAUGAACAUAAUGGUGCAUGUGUGCCUCUUGAACAGUGCCCAUGUAUACACAGAGAAUUGGAAUACCAAACUGGCACAGUACAUAGUAUCUACAACUGCAAUGAAUGUGUGUGCUAUGCUGGUCGCUGGUUAUGUGGAACCUCUUUGUGCCCUGGCAUGGCCCAAGUGCACGGAUACGCCCACUACAAAACAUUCGACGAGAAAUUUUACACAUUUGAAGGCCGUUGUCAAUAUGUGUUUGCACGCGAUAACGCAUCAAACGAGUUUGCCAUGUAUCUUGAGACUUCCGAAUGCGGUAUAGAUGCAGGAGUGUCGUGCACUAAGUCUUUCAGUAUUGUGUUCCGACAGAAUAACUUUAUGCAAGAGAUAACCUUUAGAGAAGGCUUUGGAGUGACAAUUAACAGAUAUGACAUUCAACUUCCAUAUCAAAGCA